CGGAACUCUACACGCGCCAAAUAAAGUGAAUUUUGUGUAUUUACAAAAGAUGGAAUCUGUACCGGAAGAGGAACGAGCUGAAAAAAAUCCGCGACCUUUUCGCAUGAGGUUUAAAAAAAUGCUUAGUAGUGGUAGUGUUAAAUGCGAUACUUCGCCUAGUUCGGAUAGCCCAAAGACUCCGAAAAGUUUGAACUCUAGUCCAUUCAACUGUUAUUGUUAUAGUUACGAUCCAGACGUCCUAGAAAAAUUCAAAAGCGACAGGUCAAGUUCGUCCCGCCCCAUCUCGUCUGGUUCUUUGCCUAGUCCGUUUGAUAUUUGCAGCCAUAGGCUUAACAUUUGCAAACAACAUUUACAACUGCCUCUGUCUACCAUAAUUAAAGUAAGACUUAUGUAA